AUGGGACAGAGGUUUCACCUCGUAGCCCCCCGCGCCAAGUUUUCCUUGUCCUGGGGAGGGAAGCUCGGAGAGAUUCUCUUUGACGGAUCAGCCCAAGUCCUCGUGAGCCUUCUCACUGUCCCUGUCCGGCCGUCGACACCUCGUCUUAUCAACAGCCGCCUAGCGACCCAGCUCCAGCGCGGCGGUGAUGGCACGCCUUCCACCGACCUCGCCGAGGACAGCUCGGCAAACAGGCUUGCGAAGCGGAAACAACAUCAGCGCACGGCGUCUGUGGUGGACUCGCCACCGCGCAAACGGGCAAAGCCCCAAGGUGACAACAUCGCCCAGACUGACCAGCCCGUCAAAUUCUCUGCGCUUCCGGUGGAAGUGCACCAACUUAUCUUCGCCCACAUCGAGCUGGUGGACGAUGUCGUAUGUCUCGGUACCACGAGUCGGUACUUUUGGGCCGUGAGCCAAGAGUAUAUACACAACUUCUAUACUGGUUUCCUGGGGCGGUGGGCUGGCAAGAACAUCGUUUGUGUGGGUGAAGACGUGGAAGCAGGUGACUACCCGCCCAAGUUGUUCUCGGAAACUGAGCGAGAGGAGCUUUGGCAGACGAGCACCAACAAGAUGUACACCGAGGACUAUCCGGAUGGAGUGCAAUUUCCUCCAGUUCAGUUCACCUUGCAUCACUUUUCGUACCCCAACGUUUCUUACAUCGAAAAGGACGUCAAUUUCCUAUCCGAGUCCUUAAAGCUCCUCGCCCGUUGCAGCGCUCGGGGCAGCUACGUGGACGUGGCGUAUCUCAUAGGCUCGGCGCUCCUCGUGGAGGAGUCCGACUACUGGCCCCAAGACGAGCGCUGGGUACUUCGCAACCUGACGACGAAGGAGUUUGUCCGCGCCGAGGCCGUCGCCCUGAAACCUGAAUACAUCCACGGACCCAAGAUUGACGUGCUCGGAUUUGGCGAGGUUGUCAUGUCGCGCAUCUGCUGGUCCUCGUCAUCAUCAGCCAGCAUGAGCUACAAGGGAAAUAUCACGAGGGGCGUCUGGGCAGGGCACUGCUUUGACAUCACCACACUGUCGAGGCACGCCCAAGAGACCAGAGGCAAAGGCUGGAAAGACGUGAGCAAAGAGGUCAUGGAGGAGGUUGCGGGAAUCUGGGAGAGCGAGUACGGGUCCGAUUGGCGCGAGCAAAUUUGUAACCGCCGGCACCAGUCGUAUAGGAAUCAAUAA